AUGGCAUGGCCAAUACCAUUUCUCAAUAUAAAGAAGCACACGAACCAACUAAGCAUGUACUGCACCGCUAGUGAAUUACGCGCUAGAAUAGAGUUUAUGAGACCAACUUUUUCUCCCAAGGCAGAAGGCCGUCAGAAGAAGAGACAGAGACUUGUAGAGGAAAUCUACAUGGUGAGGGGACCAAUGGGACCAGAUUGGAAUAAGCAGCUGUGGCGCAUUGCAGGAGGUCCCUCGUUGCCUGAAGCAAUUAUUUAUAGCGCUGGGUCCUCUGCGAUGCCAUACGGCAGUAAGCAUUUCCGAUCCCCAAGAAACGGAUCUCGUAGCAAAGGGGGAAAAAAAUCAUUGGAAAAAAGAAUCGGAGGAGAGAUUACCUGAAUUGGUGCUAUCAUAGCCAAAGAGGGAGGUCCCGGUUCCUGUCCCGGGGAAGGGAAGGGCAUUGUGAUGCGGCGUUGCAUCCCUCUCCCACGCCAUGGAUGAUUGUUGGGGGCCGAGGAG